CUGUUGCUGCCAGUGGGGCAGAGGGAGAUAUAUGGGAGCUCCCCGUGGCCCCCUUCCAAGUUCAUCUUCAACCAUGGGGAAGUCCUUCCCCAUCUCAAGCACCUGCCCCUCUCAACUUCUUGGUCUGAAGGCUCCCUCCCACACCACAGGAGUUCCUUGCAUCUAGAGGAGGCAUAAUCCAGGGGCUGUUUACCCGUCUCUUUGUUUUUCAUUGGGACAAAUCCUGAGGUGUGUUCCACAAGAUGUCUUAGCAGCGUUGAUCCCCAGUUGCCCAGAGUAGUAAUCCACACAUUAACUCUCCCUUUAUCAGCUUUUCCCUUCCUGAUUUCACUUCCCCACUCCCCCUUGUGAGCUCCUUGGGACCACUAUCUGCAUUCAAGUCCUUGUCUUAAGGCCUUCUUAGGGGGAAUGCCAGAAUAAGACAGCCUCAUCUGUUUUUGGUGACUAAUUUUUAUGGCAUUUCCCUCAGGUGAUGUGUGCGAGGAAGAGGGGUGGUCCAACAUCUAGGCAAUCCUUGCUCUGGAGGGAUUCUGCACCUCUCCCUUUCUUCCUACUUUUUCUUCCUCCUUCCUCCUGAAUCGUCUCCAGCAUCACAUAAAAUGCAAGAUAAACAUUAUAUUUUAUAAUUUUAAAGGUGCUAUCUCAUUCGUGGAACUCCAUCAGUGGCGAGAGAUAUUGAUGAUAAAUCCAACGAUGGCCAUGAAUCCUUUACUGACGGCACCAGGGCAGCAGAGGAUGCCACUGGUUCCUUCAUCAUUUGAACCUCCAACGGUGGAUCGAGAUUUAUUGUCUUCCACUGUAGCUCCUGCUGACCCAAGACAGUUUUGUGUUCCUUCCCAAUUUGGAUCCUCUGUUCUACCAAAUGCAAAUAUACCGAACGUGCUAUCCAAUCAUGUCUACUCAGGUUGGGGCAUUUUACCACCUGAAUCCAUAAAGGCAAUGGCAAGAAGGAAUGAAAUGAUUCAAAGGCAGCAUACUGCCAGGAUGGAAAUGGAAAUGCAUGCAUUUUACCAGCAAAGGAGAAUAGAAAAAGUGAAUCCCAAGGGACUAGCAGGACCAGGGAUACCAUUCCUCUAUAGCUCCAGCAUCCCUCCUGGCCCAGCCAACUACCAUGGCAGGAGCAUGCUCCCUGCCAGUGACCUGCAUUUUCACAGAAGCACCCUGAGAAACCUUCAGGGAACCCCCACGCUAGUGGCAGCUGGUCCACAUUUUCUAGAGAGCUGGGGUCAGAAAUGUCGUCGUCUCAGGAGAGGUGCUGGGAAUCAGAAAGUUCUAGACAGUGAUAUUGAGAGCUCUAAAAGUCAAGGAGAAGAAAAAAUCUUAGGCCAGACUCAUGUGAUUCCCUACGAAGAGGAUGAAUUUGCAAAAGAACCAGAAACCGAAGCUCUCAACAAUCAGAAGUCAAGGGAAACCAAUGAAAAGCCAGCUCUUGGCAACACCUGUGGGGAGCUCGAGCCCACCCAUAAAAAACCUUGGGGAGCUCAUGGUGCUCCCCUAGAAGCAAAGGCCUGGGAUGGUGCAAAGGAGAAGACUUCAGAGCAAGGCUUUGUAGCCUGUGGUGAAAAGAAUGGGGUUUGUCCCCCACUUCCUCGACCAUCUCUGCCAGGAGCGCACCCACUGGUUACAAUUGGGGAAAAUCUGUCUUUGGAUGAAGAUAUUCAGAAAUGGACCGUGAAUGACGUGCACAACUUCAUUAGGGGCCUUCCAGGUUGUUCAGAUUAUGCUCAGGUAUUUAAAGAUCAUGCCAUUGAUGGAGAAACCUUGCCAUUACUCACCGAGGAGCAUCUUCGCAGCACUCUGGGAUUAAAGCUAGGGCCGGCACUCAAGAUUCAGUCACAGGUAUCUCAGCAAGUGGAAAGUAUGUUGUAUAAGAAAAGCCUUCUACUUCCUACCCAUACAAAACAACCAUUUGAGCAACCAGCAGAUACGUCCCCUCUUUUGGAUUUUAAUUCCUGGGGUGAUACAUUGGAUGUUCCUUGUUCCCAGGAUAUAACAAUUCCUAAAUGAAGCGAACAAGAUAGCGUGAGAAAUUAAAACCCUCAAGGAGCAAGAACAGUCUUUAUCAGUUUUCCAAAGAGUCCAGGACAUUCUGAAGGGCGUGUGAGGGUUUCCCAAGAUGAGAUGGAAGCUGGGAAGAAGAGAAAGCCAGCCCUCCUGGAGCCCUUAAGGAGGCCUUGCCCGAGAGCCUUCCUAAUGUGACUUCAGCCCAAAGUGGCUGCAGGUGUAUCCUUGGAAGCAAAUGCUGAAUGAAGGAGAGCAUUUGCAAACACCAAAAAAGCUACAGUUGGGUGAUUCCAUGAGGAAAUCUCCGAAGAAGCCAAAAGAACCAAUACUGAAAAAAAAAAAAAAAAAAAAAGAGUUCCUUAUCUCCCUUCACUCAUUUCCCAUCCCCCAAACCAGAAAGAGACCAAGGCAAUCCCGUGGAGUUGAAAGAUGUAGAAGAAAAAGUGGCAAAGUACAAAAAUGAGAAAGAGAAGCUGACCACAAGGCCUCCACUUUUUCUCACUUCAGGCUUCCAGGCUGAAGAAGGACCAAGCCAGGGAAGAACAGAAGGCUUAACCUUUCAGUUCAGAGAGACUGUUAUUCAGCAUUUUCUUUCUGACAUGAAAUUGUCAUGACUCAAAAUAACUCCUAAUUAUCUGAGACCGAGAUGAAAAGUAACAGUACCCACCUCAGAUUUCCCACAAAGCGUGGGGAUAGAGUUAUCUCUGCAAAGCAGGUCUGAAUUGGCUGGAGGGAGGGGAGAAGAUGAAGGUGACUUUCUGCUUGUCCCCGUGGAGUCCCUCUCAACUUUACACUUAACAGAAAGCCUCUGAAAAGAUACACAAGAAAAGGCUAGGAGUUUGCUCAAGGAAGGGACUGGCAACAGGGGCAUGAGGGAAACUUAGCACAUACCCUCCUGUACAUUUUAUUUUAUUUUAUUUUUAAUUUUUUUUCA